GAUAAACAUAGAGUGGAUGGUACCUUCUUUAAAUCGAAUGUUGCUUUUGAUAAUGGUUUUAAUUUGGACAAAACUGGUGGUAUUCUCAAUUACGCUAAUGCAAAUGGUUAUGGUUUAAAUGGUGGUCUAACACGCUACUCGGGAAUUGGCAAACAGGCUACGGUGGGUGGCUACUCCAACUUGUUUACCUCAAAUGAUGGUCUGACAACUUUGAAUGCUAAUGCUGGUGCCUCGAAAUGGUUGAACGGUCCAUUUGGUGGUCAAAAGGAUUACAGUUUCGGUUUGGGUUUAACACAUAAUGGUUGGAGAGGUUAAAUAUUUCGAUAUUAUUAUUUAUUAUAUUUAUUUUGAUUCAAAAUUUUUAAAUAAACGAAUAUUUUUGUGAAAAGAA